AUGAGGUUACUCCCUUCCUUACUCUCGCUUUCUGCUUUUCUUGGCAGUGCUCUCGCAGUCGGAGUGGUUCCCAUUCCUAAUGAGCACGCCGCGAGCAUCAAAGCGAAGUUCGAUGGUAAGCAGAGAACUGAAGCCAGUCUUCCUAUUCUGAAACGGUUUCAGAUUACGCGGAACACUAUCUGCUGCCUGAGGACUUCCACAAUGCGGAGACGGCUCCGGUGAAGAAGCCGACAGAUGCCGAGAUUGAAUCGAUGCAGAACUCUUUGCUUUUCGAGGGAGACAUCAUGGGAGUACCUGAAAUUGAAAAGUCGGAUAUUCUGAAGAGACUCAGGGACGAUCCCCUUCUCGAUGAGGAUGAAAUCUUCAGAAAGCCAGUGAGUCCCUACAACUAAUUUUCUCACUUUCCUAUUCAUUUUUUAUAGUUUCACAGCGCGUUGAACUUGGUCACAUAUCCAGAUAAGCUGUGGCCGGACGGACAAGUACCGUACAUGCUGGAAGAGGGAAUGACAAAUGAGUGAGUUCUUGUGGUUGCCACGUCAUACCGAACUGUACACAUGCAGCCAACGGACUGCCAUCGCACAAGCAUUCGAUGAGUACAAACAGAAGACGUGCGUUCGAUUCGUUCCCAAAACUGACGACGACUUUGACUACAUUUAUGUGAAGAGGAACGUGGCAUUCGGAUGCUCGUCGUACGUCGGACGGGCUGGAGGAAAUCAGACUGUCUCCCUGGAAGUGGACAAAUGCUUCUCCAAGGUAAGAAAUAUUCAGAAAGCAUCGUAAACUACUCCUUUUCAGGGUAUCAUUGCUCACGAACUGAUGCAUGCUCUCGGCUUUUUCCACGAACACUCACGAACUGAUAGAGACGAUUUCGUAGACAUUAUGGAGGACAAUAUCCGUCCGGGAAUGAUGAGAAACUUUGAAAAGUAUCCACGGAAGAUCAUCGACUCGCUCGGAAUGCCGUAUGACUACGAGUCGGUCAUGCACUACCACAAACUGGCGUUCUCCCGGAACGGAAAGCCGACAAUCGUGCCGAGAGACAACGAAGCGGACGUGGGACAGAGAUACAAACUGUCGGAGAUGGACUCGAAGAAGGUGAACAAACUGUACCAGUGUGGAGAAUACUCGAAGACUUCCUCAACUACCACUACAUCCACCACAACCACCACAACUACCACAACGGAGGAACCAACGACUACGACAGAAGAGGAAGUGGUUGGAGAGAAGAAGAACGAGAAGAAGAAGUCGACGACUACCACUACCACCACUACAACCAAGAAACCAACAACCACUACAACCACAACACAAAAACCAGUGGAAAGAUCCAGAAAUAAGAGUUCGUUUUAGUACAGACUCGAGAAACCAAAAAUAUUGUUACUUCAGAGUGUGAAGACCUGAAUGCCCAUUGUGGAAUGUGGGAACAAUUGGGACACUGCCAACAUUCGGUAAAGUACAUGACCCACUACUGCAGAAAGGCGUGCGGACUGUGCGAAGUGGAGGUGACCACGACGACGACGACGACGGCGAAGCCAGUGCCACGUGGCAAAGAGAAGGAGAACAAGUCGUCGACCACCUCCUCGCCCGUUUUCUUUUCCACCACUCAGAAGCCGAAAAGCACGACGUCGGCGGCACCGAAGUGUGAAGACAAGAACCUCUUCUGCAGUUAUUGGGCCAAGAUCGGCGAGUGCAACAGCGAGAGCAAGUUCAUGAAGAUCUUCUGCAAGGCGUCGUGCGGCAAGUGCUGA